UUGCUACUGAGCCACCAGGGCGUUCCAACGACCCGGAUUGAAGAUGUUGUCACUCUGAACUAAACCCUGGACUAUAAGUACCAUGCUCAGUAGUGCGAUAUCCCAGUAGCCAGAGAUCGGUCGGUCCUUUUCCAUAUCUGCUAUCACCCUGGUCAAAAUGAAGCUCUCACUUAUCUCCAUUCUUUCCCUUGCUUUCGUAGCAACGGCUUCUCCGUCAGGAGCCGACUACAACCUGGUUGGAUUCGCCAAGGAUAACCCAAUUGGACCGACUACUGGCGGGGCUGGCAAGAACAGUCCGACCGUGACGGUCACCACAGUUCCGGAACUCAUCGCAGCCGUUGCCGGCACAGAGCCAAAGAUCAUCAUUGCCAAGGGCAAAUUCAAUUUGACUGCCCGCCUGCGACCCGGCAGUAACAAGUCGAUCAUCGGUGCUGGCAAGGGUGCAGAGAUUACCGGCGCUGGUAUUACGAUCGGGAAUGCAACUAAUGUUAUCCUUCGCAACUUUGCUAUUCGCAAAAUCGUGGGCAACGAUGGUAUCACCAUUCAAAACAGUACUCGCGUUUGGAUCGAUCACAAUGAAUUCAGCUCCGAGAUUUCUGUUGAAAUUGGCCCCGACUACUACGAUGGGCAAUUGGACAUCAUCCGAGCCUCAGACUGGAUCACUGUCUCCUGGAAUUACUUCCACGACCACUGGAAGAGCUCCCUGAUUGGUAACAGUGAUGCUUUCAGGGCCAUCGAUUUUGGUUAUCUGCAUGUCACUUACCAUCACAACUACUGGCGAAAUGCCGGCACCCGCGGUCCUGCUGGCCGCUUCGGUCACCAGCACAUCUACAACAACUUGUACCAGGAUUUCUUGUACCAGGCUAUCCAUAGCCGAAGCGACAACCAGGUUCUUGUUGAGGGUAAUGUGUUCACUGGCAAGACUAGGGAGGCUUUGAGCACCUACGGUCUCGUUAUCCCUGAGGAUAGCCCCAAUAGCGGCCCUGACGGUGACUUCGAGAUUGACGGAUUUGCCAACCUCGGUGCAAAGAACGACUUUGGCAAGGCAGGUGUGAACAUCACACAGGUCGGAAACUUCACAAAGGCUCCCUACAAGUACAAGCUCACCCCCUUGAAGGAGGUCACCAAGGUCGUUAAGAAGGGCGCUGGUAUCGGCAAGAUCUAGACAAGACUUGUGACUGAGAAUCGAAAAUCGAACUGUAAUGCUUGGCGCUGUUCGCGAUCACUAGAUUUUGCCUAGACUUGUAUUGUCUCAGAGUCUUUAAAAUUAACCAAAUGUUACUCAUUUAAGUUUUGUUGACC